AUGAAAGGAAUGCUUCGAUCUUGCGGCUUGGAGAAUAUCGUCAAGCUCACGUUGUCCAUUUGUGAGGAGGGCUUAAUAAAAACAGCUGAAGCAACAAAACAAAUUGGAGCACCUAUCAGCACAUGGAGUCUUCUGGUCGACUUGGAAGGCCUAAGCAUGCGGCAUCUUUGGCGACCAGGUGUGCAGUCUCUACUGCGCAUCAUCGAAAUCGUUGAGGCUCAUUAUCCGGAAACGAUGGGUCAAGUGCUGAUUGUUAGAGCCCCUCGAGUCUUUCCAGUUUUAUGGACUCUUAUAUCUCCAUUCAUCGAUGAGAAUACUCGCAACAAGUUCAUGAUCAAUAGUGGCGAGGUAGUAAAAGAUGAAAUUAGUAAAUACGUUGACGAACAAUACAUUCCGGACUUCUUAGGUGGUACUUGUUUAGCAGAUUGUCCAGCAGGUGGUCAUAUCCCAAAAUCCUCGUACAGGCCGGUUGAAGAAUUGCCUGACAAUGCUGAUGUGCUCAGCUCAAUGUAUACGAAGGCGUCUGUCACACGAGGUUACCCAGUAGAGGUGAUACUUGUUUCUUAG